AUGGAGCCUUGUGCUGUGAAAUUGCUAUUACUUGUGGUCAGCAUGGUCUUGCUUCCCAUGAGCCACAGCUACUCUGCUACCAUCAUCCUCAGAGAACAUCUAGAGGAUUGUCUGACUGACAGGGACUAUAACAAACUACUUCAGACUAUGGAGAGCGGCCUUCCCCCCACAAACACAUCUCGCCAUGUUGCCAUCGUUGGAGCCGGUAUGGCUGGCCUGACGGCCGCCAAGUUACUGAAAGAUGCAGGACAUAACGUGACCAUAUUAGAGGCCAGUGGGAGAGUUGGAGGACGGGUGGAGACCUACAGGAAUGAGGAAGAGGGCUGGUAUGCUGAACUGGGAGCCAUGAGGAUUCCUAGUUUUCACCAUAUUGUUCUCUGGCUUGCUCGUGACCUGAACCUCACGUUGAAUGAAUUCAUCAUGAAUGACAACGAAACCUAUUACCUGGUGAAUGGAGGACCACCACUGAAGACACGUGUGGUAAACGAGAACCCAAACAUCCUGAGCUACAACGUGUCAGCAAAAGAGAGGAAUAAAACCGCUGACCAGCUGCUCCAACAGGCGUUACAGAAGGUGAACGACGAGGUGGAGGCGAAUGGCUGUAGAGCUGCGCUGGAAAAAUUUGACCACUAUUCUGUGAAGGAGUACCUGAAAGAAGAGGGGGGACUGAGUUCAGAGGCCAUCAGGAUGAUUGGAGACCUGCUCAACGAGCAGAGCCUAAUGCACACGGCACUAAGUGAGAUGAUCUACGAUCAGUCCGACAUUGGAGACGACAUCAAGUACUUUGAGGUGAUAGGUGGGUCUGACCUUCUUCCCAAAGCUUUGGCAGAAGUCCUUCAUGUCCCCAUUCGCCUGAACUCCACGGUCAAACGUAUCAGCCAGUCAGAUGACGGAGUCAUUGUCUCAUAUAAGGAAGAUGAGCAGUCUACACUCACUGAUCUUCAUGCUGACUUUGUCCUUGUCACAGCCACAGCCAAAGCAGCUCUUUUCAUGGACUUCAACCCACCUUUGUCCAUCCCAAAGAUGGAGGCCCUGAGGACAGUCCACUACGACAGCUCGACUAAAAUCCUCCUCACCUUCAGCGAGAAGUUCUGGGAGAAAAACGACGGCAUCCGUGGAGGAAAAAGCAUCACAGACCGACCCUCUCGCUACAUCUAUUACCCUAGCCACAGUUUCCCUGGAAACGACAAGAUUGGCGUCCUGCUAGCUUCCUACACCUGGUCAGAUGAGUCCCUCCUCUUCCUGGGCGCGAGCGACGAGGACCUCAAAGAGCUGGCCCUGACAGAUUUGGCGCAGAUCCACGGAGACUAUGUCAGGCCUCUCUGCACGGGCGUGCUGGUGAAGCGCUGGAGUGCGGAUCCUUACAGCUUGGGCGCCUUUGCGCUGUUCACGCCGUACCAACACUUGGAGUUCGCCGACGAGCUCUUCCGGAGCGAAGGCAGGGUGCACUUCGCCGGGGAGCACACAGCUUUCCCUCACGCCUGGAUCGAGACGUCGAUGAAAUCGGCAAUCAGGGCGGCGAAGAACAUCAACCUAGCGGCACCGGAGGACGAGUCGGUUGGACGUGCAGCCUAAAAAGAGUUUUAGUCGAGCUGCUUUUGUCAAACUUUUUGUGGUCCCACAGAGCUUUCUUUGAAAACAGCAAUAGCCUGCUUUCCAAAGAAGCUAAUAGUUUUUGCUUUGAUUAAUUGUAGGAAAUAGCUACUUCAGGCACAGUCUGUUUUUUUUAUGACUUUUAUUUUCAAUUUCUAAGCAUCAUU